UCUAAAAGCUCUGAGGCUUCACUUCCCUUAGAUGUUUUCCUCUGUGAGCUUUUAUCCUACUCGUCAUCAAAGUCACCGGUCCUCGAAUCAUCGGAGGCUCAGAGUUUGUCUGCGGUCGGCAGUCGGGCUCCGAAUUCACCGUCCGACACAAACAACGCCUCGAGCAGCCGUGACCGGGCAGGUAUUAAAAUAGCAAAGCUUUCACAGCCAAUCUGCUAGUCCCCGCAGUCGAUGGAGAUCGAUCCGCGAUUACAACGAGGGGAGACCAGCCACGAGAGCGCGGAUUCAGACUCCGAUUACCCUGAACCCCCUUCUCGGCCCUCACAACAGCAGCUCUCUUCAACAGCCGUGAACCAGUACGCCCACAACCAGUCCGCGCACCCAGCAGACCCAGGGGAUCACGAAUUAGCCUACCGCGCCCACAUCUCUCCUCAACAUGAACUCGACCCCAAUGAUCCAAACGCGGAACUCAAGAAACCACGGGCCUGCGAGUCCUGCCGACAAUUGAAAGUCCGAUGCGAGCCCGAUCCCAACCCAGACAAGCCGUGCAAGCGGUGCGCGAAAGCCGGCCGGUCAUGCGUCGUGACGGUCCCGAACCGGAAGCGCCAGAAGAAGACCGAUUGCAGGGUAACCGAGCUUGAACGCAAGAUCGAAGUGUUGACGGCCACGCUGCGUGCCACACAGAAAAUCGACUCACUCCUACCGUCGAAGAACACCGCCCAGACUUCGUCGUCUUUAUCUUCGAGAGACGAGGAGAGUGGAGGGCGCCGCUGGUUGGUUCCAGGGCAGAGUGACCCGGACCGUUCGAAUGCUGUUCCCGCAAGACCAGGUCCGUUGGGGACUAAGCGGCAUCACAGCGGGGAUGUCAAGGAUCGGAAUACGGUGGCUACGCAGUCGACCCCGUCGCAAGCUAGUAAUCUCAGCCCGGCGACGGAUAAUACAGAAAGCUCGGGGAGACAAUGGCCAAUCCCAUUGGCAAGCUGGUCUACUCCGAAAUCCAGCAAUAAAGAGAAAGCUCGCGUUCCUGAUAUUAUCGACAAGGGGCUUGUGAGUUAUGCCGUCGCAUCAGAUGCCUUUACGCGCUAUGUCGAUGACAUGUGCCACCAUGUGCCGAUGGUCAUUUUCCCGCCUGGUACACAGAUGAGCGACGUUCGAAAGAACAAGCCAGUCCUGCUUCAUGCCAUUGUUGCUGUUGCGAUGGGUCCAUUCGAACCGAGUUCACAAGGCACGCUGCUUCGAGAACUCUACAAGACGGUGACAGAAAGCGUGUUUAUAAAUGGCGAGAAGUCACUUGAACUGGUCCAAGCACUCCUUAUAGCAGUAAACUUUUAUACUCCUCCAGAAAAUUUUGAACAGAUGACGUUUUUUCAGCUGUCGCAACUGGCAGUGGCUAUAGGGAUGGACAUAGGGAUGCACCGGAAACGACAACCAAGGGGGAAGCAGAUCCUAACGGGGAAACCAUGUACCGCGCCAGUGACAGCUGACUCUGCUAGGACGUCGAGCGCCCUACGACGGCCGAACAUUGUUCGAUGGCUCCCGUAUACGGAUGAAUGUGUAGAAAUCCUCGAGAAUUCGCCAGAUGCUCUGCCUACGGACAAGAAAAUGGUCCAUUGGGCUAAAUUGGGCAGGAUUCUUGAAGAGAUCAGUUCGCGGUUCUUCUCCGACGACCUGGGCAGUUUAUCAUUUACUGAUCCGAAGUCUUUAUUCACCAUGAAAGCGUUCGAGAAGCAACUGGAUCAAUGGGGAAGAGAGGCGUCCGGUAAAUUCGAAUCGCCUCAAGCUAUCGUCAAUAUAUAUCUCCAUGAAAACGCCCUCGAUACCAUGGGCGAGCACAAACCUGCAGAGGCCGACAUCACAGACCCCACCGCAGCCGCCCGCGUAACGGCCCUGAGCUCGACGCUCUCGUCCAUACACGAAGCUUUAGACACUGUCACUGCCAUCUCGCCAAAACAAUUAAUCAGCGUACCAAGCUUUACGCUGGCUCGAACGGUGUUCGCCUUCGUUGCACUGAUAAAGCUGUACUCGAUUGUGACCGCCCCAGACUCGUAUAUCGGGCAGGUGAUUGAUCCUAGAGCGUUGCGCGUGGAGUCCUACAUGGAUAAGGUCAUAGCUCACUAUGCUGCUGCUGGAUCACUCGCUGGCGGUAUCGCCGCGGGCAAAUUUUCAACUGUUAUGACCAUGAUUAGAGGGACGUUCAAGUCGCUCAAGGACCAGGAUGGAUCUGGCGCGCCUCAAGUCGUUAGAGGGAACACAGCACGUGCCGCGGACCAGCAGGCUGAGACCUCCGAAUCCCAAGCGCAAAACGCCCCAACUCCUCUCCGCCUCCUCAGUGAAGUGGCCACUGGCGGAUCAAAACCAAAUCAAAGCCAACGACAUCAACAGUCUUCCCAUCACAGUUCCCGCACUGCAGCCGGCGUCAAUUUCUCAAAUACUACCUCCCAAGUAUCCUCAGAGCUCAACUCUACCAUCACACCAAAUGCUACGACGCAGCCACCUUUCCCCUCUUGCAUAAGUCCACCGGAGCUCUCCUCCGAAUCACCAGCCACAACAAGCACCGAUAGUAAUACCAACACAAACCCCAACUGCAACACCAGCACCGUCACUGGUCCAGGCUCCUGGGCGCGUUACGACCCUCAUACUCACUCUCUCCCCCAAGACCCAUUCUACCAAUCCACCCAAUUCGAUUCAACCACUACCACAAACACAAGCCCAACCCAGCCCACGCAACCCCCUAGCACAAACACACCGUCCAGCUACGAUUUCACAGAUCCAAACAUCGCCAUGACCAUGGGCAUGCCUAUGGACAAUAACAUGCCCGGCAGUAUGAGUAUGAGCAUGAGCAUGGGCACAGGCAUAGGGAUGGGCAUGUACGCGCCUGACCUUGGUCUCGGACUCGACGACCAAUUCCUUAGCUCGCUGGGCCUAGGUCUCGAGUUUGGGAAUUUGGGCGGGGAAAUGCCUGCUUGGAUGCCGCAGGGCCAGUGGUCUCUUUGA